AUGGAUCCACGACGAUGGCGUUUUCCACCGCCACCACUGCUGCGAAGCACUGAACCACCGCCCCAGCGAGGACCGUUUCUGCAGCCGCCGUCCUCCUUUCUACGGCCUCCGCCGCCACCACCCCAAGGACAGGCUUUUCCUGUUAUGCCACCUCUUGACUUCAACCAACCACCACCGUUCUCAGGCCCCAACAGUGUUGGCCGCUCAUUUCGACCAAUCGCGGUCUCCCUCCCACCACCGCUUCCUCCUCCUUCGUCUAUGCCGCCCGCUUGUCCGCUUCGCUUUUCUACACCACCGCCGCCACUGUGUCCCACGCAGCCAACUUCAAUGCCAUCACAGCAACCUGUUGGUACCGAUCGGCAGCAACAGCAGCAGUUCGGACCGUCCGCCGACCCGGCUAUCGUUGCCGCAGUCUGUCAGUGGCUGUCGGACAAUGCCGCCAGACUCGAGCGUGCUAAAUUGGAACGUUGCGAAAAGGCCAAAGUCACCAUUCCUGAAUUUAGGGCCUUGUUGGCGAGAUGGGAUGAAUUGCUGAGCAGCGGCUGUGGUGAUUCGGUAAUACUGUGCUCGAUUCGAUGUUUGGUGACCCUCUUGUUUUCUAGUCUCUGUCUACUUCAACUUCCCAAUUUCAGUCGCCUUGUCUAUCCCCUCCGUAGUUCGACUUCUUUAUUGCACACCCACCCUACUGGCCCUCAGUUUUCUUCCUCGGAGGUGUUCUGAUGAUUCAGGUACUGGAAGCCAGCGUGAACCCCCUUCUAGGUGAAAGAUAGUCCACCACGCUAACUGCUGACUUACAUGCCCGCGGAUGGGAUUGAACGACCCCUGGCGAUAAAUGCGUGUUCUGUCAAUUAUAGCAGGCAACUGCGUCCAACAAAUACUGCACUCCUUGUGCCUCUAUCAGUCUUAUCUGCGACUUUCCCUGAUACUGGCGUCGGGUGACAAUCAGAAACGUCAGACCAAUAAAGUUCCUACUCCAGUGAUCGCAUCUUCUUCUGAACUGCUUCCUGGAGCUCGCUUCUAUCGCCAAUGACCGUUCUAGUUUGCACGCCCUAGUUAGUGCAUCGUCCCGCCUCAUUGUUCGCUCAUGUCUAGGCAGCAUCCUGUGAGACAUCCAACCUAGUCUCAGAACCGGAACGCACCAAGUACGCCUUGUCUUACUGCCCGGUUAUUCGAAUUUUGCCCCAUUUCCUUGGUUUGAAAAGGCAUGAAUUCUGCUCCCGGGUAGACGCAGAUUAUCAAUGAUUAGUGGUCAAGACCUUCACGCCAAUGUUCGACCUUGCCGGCAUUUUAGUUAUCAGAUGGAUGUUCAUAGAUCGCACCGUUCAGAAACUCACUUUCGUUCUUCUUGUUUUCCGGUGUUUCCGGAAUUAGUCACUACCGUGCGGUCGAAUCUGAGAUUUUGGGUUUUCAAGCUUAUGUACUUAGUGCAUCGCCGGGGUGGGGGUGGGGGAGGUUGCAUCCAGGGGUUUAUCCUGCUGCCUCAGGGAUUUUGGACUCGAAGCACAGUCAUUUGAUUCUGCUCCCUCUUUUCUGUCCGCUUUCUGACAAGACCUACACUUGUAAGGGGGCGAUCACCGAUCGUUCUUACGGAACUCACUCGUCCCGUUGUGCCUUAUGGGCUCUCUCUCGAGCCCAACCAGCAGCCGCUCGGCGGCGCAUGAUAUAGACAGAAUAAUAUUGCCGACAAAGACAAGGGGGACUGGAAUGACCAUUUCUGGCUUAUAAGCCGUCGUCAGCCAGUCAUACCCAACCCCAAAGUGUGGAACACUCGAGGCUCGAACUCGCGACCUGUUGGUUUAGAAGUCCACGCCUCUACCCACCGGGCCACGAGACCUACACUGUCGACGAAGACAAGGGAGACUAUGGAGGUCGUUUCUGCCCUAAUUUCAGUCGUCAGACAGCUGUCUCUCAGCUUGAGGCUGGUCGCGUUCAAUAAAACUGGAGUUGCGAAGACCAUUUGGGGGACAAACGCUUGCCUCCGGCACAUUCUCAUCAUUGUCACGCAUCUAAGUGAGUAUGGGUUAAUUAAAACAUGGUGACCAUUCGUUAAAUCGAGGUACUUCCAUCAUUCCAUGAAAGUAAGAUGUUGGAAAUGUGGGACGAGUCAGCAUCGUCUAGGUAACAGACUAAUUGCGGUGAGGGAGGACUUGGGGGGAUCCAGACCGUACUUCGCGAGACCGAGCAUCGUGGCUGAUUUAUCGCAAAGAAUAACACUGAGAGACCAGCAAAGUUCGUUGUGCUGACAGUGGAAAUGCGUCUGUUACCCAAAGUUAUUUUCCUGGGGAACCCUCCGAUUGGACUCCAGUGAAGACACUCCGCCCAAGAUGUUUCACGGAACUUAGCAGCAGCUAGAGUCUGGGUAUUAUUCUCGACCAGAUAAGGUAAGGAUGUGUUGACAGCUCUUAUGCUAACUUUCCGACGGUAGGCUAUAUUGCUCGCACGAGUCGACGCCUAUCCAGAAGGAUAUGUGAACACCUCCCUGCAUGUCUGAAACAAGGCAAAAUUAGGACUGUAAGUGACCCCACAUUCGCACAUAUGGCCUGUUUUGGACGUCGAGUGAUCCCCAACGAAGCCUUCCGGGCGAUUUAACGGGGUCCAACUGAAUUACCCCGAACCACUGAGACAGCGCUUAUUAGAAGCAGUCUCAAUCAGCUUACCCGGGCCGGUUUUGUGCGCACAGACGAUGCACGAAAUUCUGAUGACUGCGUGCAACUUUCUGCACUUUCCUUCCUCCCCUGACACAGCUCAUCCCAGCCCUCUUCCCCCUCAGUAGUCGUCCUUGCCCGAUUGGUUUAUACUGACUGCCUCUUCUUACCCUCCCGUAUUCCCCACCUUCCACUUGUGUGAAAAAGUAAAUUUAACUCGAUUUUCCCGAUUAUCUACAUGUUUUAAUCAACUCCGAAGCCACAUUAGUGUAUGGGCUUGGCAAUAAUUUCUCGCAAACGAACGCAUGCUGGCCAAGUUGUCCUCCGGAAGCUCGAGUUGAUUCCUGGACCUGUAUUUGGAUUGCAGUUCUUUGUGGCUUUGGGUUUUUCAUCUGCGGACCUGGGGUUAUGUUGGGCUGUGCGUACCCAAAGCUCGGGACCCUGAAGUUCACAACUGACGUUUUGGGUCUGAACGGAAGAGGACGUCGUCUGACCGCGCCACGCAGAGCUCCACCGUCAUACACCUUUGUGCGGAAGCCUGAACUGGCUAGAUGUGGUCAGUUUGACGAGCUGGUUUAAAACUAUCCUCUGGAUGAUUAAUGCACAGUCAGUGACCAGUCUCAUGAAAUGCUAACCGAAGUCCUGAAAUGACGGAUAGAAACGAACAGGCGAAUUCCAGGAAACAGUUCAGAAGACGAAGAAGAAGAUGCGAUCACUGGAACAAGAAGUUUAUUGGCUUGACGUUUUGGACUCUCACUCGAAUCCGUCAUCAGAGACGGUUGCAUAUAAUGCAGGCAAAAAGACUGCAGUAUUAAUAGUACGUAGCUGCCGUGGGGCCACACGCGUCCUAUAAUUAACAGCUCUCGUGAUCACCGCUGGGGGGUCGUCAUUAAGGCGAUGAUAGCUCGUCAUUCCGCGUCCGAGGCGUUAAUUACCGCAAUUUCAUCAUCCGUGUUGGACGUUGAUGCGAUGAUUACUCGACGAUUUGGCCCGCUGUCACCAGGAUAGUUGGGCGUCCGCGCCCUCCCCACGUGACUGAUUCCCCUGCUCAAGGAAUGUCUCAGCACCAAAUAUGGUACCGGGAGAUUAUUGCGCCUGUUGAUGGAUUGCGGACCUGAGAACCAUGAUUCGCGCAGCACGCGGCUUACGCGGUUCUCUGCUCUUGCGAGGAUUUCAGCCCCUUGAAAAUAUGUCGGGGUUCCGUGGAAUGAGCUACUACCUGAGAGCUGGCGUCUUCCUCACCGCUGCCGCGUGCUCAGCCAUGCGCGUCCGCGGUAAUCUUCCGGUUUCUCCGACGGCUCCAGACGUUUCCUGCCUGUCUUUCGGCCUGAUGACCUGGCGCCUGAUGGUUGCUUCUAAUUGUAAUAUUGAUUAUCGUGCAGCAUAAUCCCAUGGUAUUUCAGACACCCCAGGAUGUUGGCUUUUCAAUUAAUUCCUUUUCGACGGCCUGCAGAAAUCACACAUUAAAAGACAGCAACGGGACAGUUGUGUGCAUCCUCUGCGUCAGAAAUCCUUCCUUUCCCACCGUGGAGACGAUUGGCGUUAAGCCUCAUUUUCAUUGGUCUAUCGGGGUCCCCGGGCGGCCGUUCCUAACCCCUGAGUUCGUUCUUUGCUGCUAGAAGGGUAAAUGCACAGAGGCCACAACUAACCACGCGUACUUGAUAUCAUCAUGGUUGGCCAUUAUUAUGGCGUAGAAGGAGCGCGUUCAAAGAAGGUGAAGUCUUCUGUUUGCACUUUCUUCCCUUCCUUUCUUUGUCAUCUCUUUUCUUUGAGUGUUAGCUCCAACGGUUUCGUCCCGAUUCCUCUAGCGGUCCGGGUUUUGGUGGCCGUAUUUUUCUUCUAUGUCGCCUAACUGCGCUUUCCUCGCUUUAGUUACUCUUUUGCCUUUAUUUGUACAGGCUGAAGCUCGAGAUCUGCAGGCUCGGUGCAGUGACCCUGAAACUCUCGACAUCGUCAAGCGGCGACUUGCGCGGAUAGAUAGGAAGAAGAGAAGUCGCGUAAGUCGCAUUAAGGUGUCUUACUUCUCACCUCCUCCUCCUCCUCCUCCUCCUCCUCCUCCUCCUCCUUCUCCUUCUCUCGUCUUUUUCUGUUAUCAUUCCCGAACUCGCUUGUCCACGUAUCUUGUGCCGCAAAGGUUACCAUACCCCCCAUCCUCCGCCGAGGCCUGCGGAUGCGUUACAGUCAGAGGUUAGAAGUCAUCUGUACAAGCUAGGACUGCAGUUGAUGUCGCAGAUUGCGUUUUCUUCACAACCCGCACUCAAAUCUACUGCAUCCUGCCUGAGUGGGUGAAGUCACGGUCAUGUCGCUGAUGAGGCUUGUGCCCCUAAAACGGGCCACGCGUGGAUGCGCUGGACCAACACGGGGGCUACAUCGGAUUUUGGUAAACGUUGUCGGGAAUACGCACCCAUAACAAAUGCCAGCGUUCGGCUUGCGGUCUUAAGCCGCUCCAACUGGGAUCCGAGCUGCCCCCCCCCCAUAUUUUUUGUCAUUUAAAAUCCUGACCAAGUUUUUUUGCGGAUCGGGGUGUGCAGUGGUACGCCUAGGUGCAUGUUUACGCCGCACUAACCACCUGCAGCUCCUCCUGUCUUACUGACUCUGCCUGGACACCUGGUCCGGGUGGGAGGGGAGAGAGUGUGGUAGAUGCUACGCAAGUCUACUAUCACCAUAAACUAAUUCACGCGCAAGUCGCCGUCCUUGCUCUCAUUCGGAUGUGAAACACCGUCAGUAACGACGGUCGAGCUGUCAUGUCCCUAGUGGGGAACAGAGAAGAGGCGCAAACCCUCUACUCCCGGCAGUGUGCGGUGCCGACGACAACGACUCGGUCAGCCGUCCCAUGGUUUUAAAAUCCCGUCGGACCUGGGGCUUCGUCCUCCAAUCUCGAAAUCCCCCUGGCGCUACAGGGUGCUCCUUGCCUCGACGCUGGUGUGCACUUACUGGCCUCCAUCAGAUCCCUGUCGUGCCUAUUCGGCACUUUGUGGCCGAAUAGAAGUUGGCGAGGGCGAUAAGGAUUAAUAAAUACAUACGGCAUCCGCAAGAUAUAUUUGCCAGUCCGGCCGAAUUAUGGACUUUUACAAAUUGCGGCGAUCAACUUAUUUGACUGUGAAAUGUGUUUAGCCAAAAUUUAUUCCAUGCGUGUGACGGAAUUCGCAGACGCCGGAGGUCCGCAUUAAUUGCGUCAUACGUAGCGAUGCGCUAGUGUCGAUUUGCUUCUCUUUCACCUGUCGAGAGAGAAGACUGUCGCCUUGGUCUUCAGUUUGUUUUUGAGGGCCAAAGUCUUUGAAAACCCUGUUUUUGCCUGUCACUGUGUUGUAUAUAGCUGCACAUAUAUUCUGAAAAAUUGUCACUGUAAAACAUUACUCACAUCAUCUAAGUAGCCUUAUGUUAGAGGGACGCUCACCGGUCGUGUUAUGGCUCCUACUCGUCCCGUAGGGCCCAGAGACUAGAUCAAGAAUCCGUAGGCAGUCACACAAUGGGCACUUACAUACGCAGACAACGAUUACGGACAAAGAUAUUGGAGACCGGAAUGGCCAUUUCGGGCUUGUCACCUAUCGUCAGCGAGCCAUACCUAACCUCAGGCCUUGCAACCCCUGAGGUCCAAACCCGCAGCCGAUUGGUUGUAAAUCCUGAGCUCUAAUCACUGCGUACUAUUGUUUGCAAAGCGAACUUUUGCGUACGGCAUUUUCAACGAAAACAGCCUCCGAGCGCUGCGCUGCCAUUAUGACUGGCGGGGGGAGGCUAAUUAACUUAAUGCGUUGAUUGCACUGCAUAGUCGCAGUUUUGCUCACCGUCGUGACAACCCGACCGGUUGUUGGCCUGGUCUGUCGUGUGCUACCGAGCGGCUCGUCUCUGAUGCUCUGUCCGUCGCGGCAGCAAUUAAUUGCAGGCGGCGUCAUCUUGGUAAUACCCGUUGAGAAAAAAUAGCAACGUGAAGAUUGUAUCCGCCCCCCCCCCUGUCAUGCGAUUCCAUUUGCCAGUGAUUCCCUCUUCGUCCCUUUUAGCAUGCAAGGAGACGCAGUGAAUCGCCGCUUAUCGUCCAGACUUCCGUUUUCGACACUCUUCAGAACCUGGCCCCGGAGGAUUUCCGCCUCGGAGAAGGGAUCCCGUAUGCGAUAUUUGAAUUUACUUUCAUUAAGGCUGUUGCUUUUGUGUCCAUUACGACUCGUGAAAUGUCUCGUUUCCGGCAGGUCACCGGAGUCCGGUGAUGCCCCCAUGGCAGAACCAUCCGACAGGGCCGUAGAUGCGGACUUGAAACAGCUUGCGGUAACGGCCACUCAACUGCGGAGGCUUCGAACCUACUGCAGGACGCAGUUGAGAAUUCUCUCCGAUCUGCAGAAACUACGAGCUGCACGCCGUCAGCAGAUGAUCAGUCAGGGUUAGCAUUUCUUUCAACUGCGUCUUGUGUUGCGCCUGGGUUCUCCCUGGGUUCUAAAAUGCCUCUUUUCCUCACAGGUGGCCUCUUCCCGUCGGAGCUUGAUGACUUAUUUCACGCUGAGGUCAGCAGUUUGGAGAGCGAGAUUGGCGCCAAACUGCAGGCCAUUUCAGACCUGGAAGCUAAAAUUAAGGUAAUUCUAUGCUGUCCACUUUGCUUGUGUACCGCGUCUCCGAGCACACAAUUUUAAAACAAGGACCUUGUAAAUGUGACUUUUCCCCCUUCAUAAGCGUCAGGUGCGGGUUAUUUGGGACUUUCUUUGUCCAUAACUGGUGCGCACCUCUCACCUAAAUGUUUGUCAUUAAACCAGCAAGUCAUUAUCUUUGAUGAAGUGGCAUUCUGUGUGGGAAGAUUUUCAGCUUUUUUCCUGACCGCGCUUACGGCCGGCACGCGCAGACACUAUCUCAACUCCCUUCUUAUUUUCCAAAUCUCUUUAGAACUGCAUCCACACAAAGCCCGAGGUUCCUGAGACAAAACCGAAGUCGCAAGAAGAUCCUCUCGGCUUCACAAAUGUUCCUGAACACAUUAUUCAUGCCCUGUUUGGCCGUGACCGUGCAGGUAUGUUGUCUGGAAUUCUCCUUCCAAGUUUUGAAAUGACGCACCGUAAUCAUAAUUAAUUUCAUUUGGCUACCUGGGCCUUGUGGCUGCGUCUUCUCUGCCUCGUUCUCUUCCUUUGUCUCCGCCGCCCGCCUCACGGCUAGGAAGAACUCUUGGUCGUCACCGAUGAGAAAAUGUUUCUUACUGACCAUUAUUACUAUAUGUUUGCUAGUAAUACGGUUAUAGUAAAUCACUAUGUUUUAGUCAGUAUAUUUGGAGAAAACGACAGAAGCCCUAAGAACUCCAUUUAGACGGUACAGAUGUAAGGGAAAUAGUUAAAUUGCAAAAAUGUUGCUUACAGUUUUAGUAAGGAGAAUUCAUAUAUUUAAUAGUGAAACAUCAGUGCUAAAGGGGUAUGGUAUUCGCGAGAUAACUGCUAUGAACUUUGUUCAUUGCAUUCGGACUGUGUGUCAAAUUUAACGCACAAAGGAGGAUCUGUUGAAAUCAUGUUAGUAGUAUAUUUAUAGUCAUUUCACUAAUCCGUCAAAUCAGGCUUCGGCAGUUCGGGUUGUCUUUCAGCAGGUGAGUAUCCCGCUGUCUCUUUAACACACUCGCGGUAGGGGAAUUAAAAACAUACUCCGGCAAAGAGUUCCAUUAGCGAAUGACCCUAUCUUUGUCUUUUGGAAUGCGACCCGUACACCCUUCGUACAUAACAGUUGCCCCGGUAAGCGUGUCAAGACCAGAAUCCCCUUGACUUCCUAUAGGCAACAAAAAAAGACUUGUUUAUUCAUGCUUUGAUGUCAUGGUUGUUAAAUCUAUUGCAUGGGCCUCAACGAAGACCGAUUACUUUCACACCGCGCUUUUUCAGCCUUCCACUGCUUACGUACACCUUAUGGAGGAUACUUUUAGCGACUGCGCUUACCCAUCGCUGGCGGUUCUCGUUACUGUUUUUAGUUUUGAGCCUUCUCUGUGCACUUCCGAUUUCCGCUUCACAAUUUAUACGUCCCCCCUCAACCCGUCAUUGCAUCACAUAUAAACUUGGGAUUCGUUGGAUGUCGCUCUGAUCAUAUUAGUCAACUUGCCUCUGCUGUUUUAUCCAUGGUUGCUCCUUCACUGAUGUACCUUUACUUGGCUGUAGAUCCGAACGACCGUCAGACUCGCUUCUAUUGUCAAGCCAAUCGCAAUUUCUCGGAUUUUGUUCGCAUACGGUAUGUUGACUGCCAUUUCGGUGUUUCAAUGUCCGGCCUUUCCCCUGCCGCGUGGACUAUUGUGAAUUAGUGAAUAAACCGUUAUGAUAACUUCAUGUGUUUAUGGAGACUGAAUGAAGCUGCCUCCCGAAGCCUGGAUGGGCUUCUGAAACUGAAGUGUAGUUUGUCCCCUUGUUGUUCACUCGUGGACGCUUGUCUCUUUUAGCGUAUGAACCUGAUUUUUUCCUCCUAUGAUAUGAACUGAUCACAAUGUUCAUGAUAACUAAUGAGGUCCGGAAAAUGAAAACGGUAUGCACACGCUUGAAGAAAAAGGAAUGUCAAGUGAGCGUAUGACCCUCACUUCUGUGGUUAGGAUCUCAUUCGAUCGCAUUCUGUCCGCCCGCCAGCUUGCUCGUCUCUGGACAACAUGACCGUAAAGAUUUUGUCAGUAAUUCUUACUGAUCGGACAGCAUAUGGGCCCGCCUCCUUAUCAGGCCCGCUUGCCAUCAUCGUUUUAUAACAUAUAAAGAUGUUGCUUGUAUGUAGUGAGUAGUAUGUUUUGUUAGUUGGAUUGCAACCCUGGGGUUAAUCUCUUGUCAAUUGCUAGGUACACGUAUAUUGGUUAGACUGUAAAUAAGAAUACACGAAACCAAAUGUUGGCUUGAUUUACUUGUUUUACACAUUCCCUUGUCGGUCUACAUCACCCUUCUCAUUCGUUACCUAGUGAUCUGACAUGGAUGCUCUGGUCUUUUCGGCUUGCUUAACUCUGGCCUGCUUCUGUUCCCUAGGUCGGGGUGGGAUGUCUUCUUGGUGCAGGACGAGACAUUGCCUGACGAGCAUCGUCUUCCCCCGUCACAAUUCCCACCGCCUUGGCAGUUACCACCGGACGAUCAUUCAGGUCCUAGCAUCUCCGGCUCGACACAUCCAUCGGUCAUUAGUCGGCAAGAACAGCCGUUCUCAGCUCUUUCCAACUAAGUUUGGAUCUCCUCUCUACUCGUCCUCUCUUCUCCCUCCCUCCUCCCCCUCCCAAGUUACUGCCCUGUUAAGGCCCGUUCUCGUCAUAGUUUUUUGUUCUAAUGUAUAUUUUGUACGAUGAAAAGAACAUUAUCAAGCAUGCCUUGCUUAAUUUCCGAGGAAAUUAAUGCGCGAACUUGGAGUAAAUCUUUCGAAAUGGGCCUUUUUAGGCACGAUCUAAAGUUUGAUAUGAGUAUUUGAGCUGAAAUCCAUCAGCUACUGCGGAAUAACCGCUUAAUAUUCACAAACCGCCAACAGGCAGCCAGUAGUAUAGGACUGUGCAUUGAUUUACCGUACUAACAACACAGGUAUUAGCUAAAAGCCCAUGGGCGGUGGUGGUGGUGGUGGCGGCGGUGGCGACGACAACGCGCGAGAUUAGAGUUGAUAAGGCAUGUUUGGGUUCAUUCGAAAGUAUCGUCUUAAGUCCAAAAGUUGCCCUCCUCUGUGCCCACCUUUCGGCAGGUUUUCCGCAUCAAUCGUUACUCUGGAUCCCACCUCCAGUUAAUUGCUGGGUUCUGUUUUUUUCCCGGCUGCAUCGUACGGGCCUGCGGGUGCGAUAGAGUGGAGUUGACGUUCGAAGUGUGUCUGCCAGCCUCGAAUUAACUCGCUCAUUAGACCUGGGACUCAGGACUGCUGGCGUGAAGAGCACUUAUAUUUCCUUAAGUAUACGGAUCCAGGCUUCCUGAUGCAUCCUAAUCAUUCUGUCAGGACCUUUGGAGCAUUCUCUUAAGCUGAAACGCGCCGCGAAUUUCGAAUUUUCCCUGACCUCGGUGGAGAGAGGAAGAGUUAGCAAAGGGAAAAAAGAGGAAGAAUAAACAGCGAGAAGAGUCUUGAAUCUACUACUAUGCAGAAGUUGCAUGCAUCUGUUGCGAAACAUAUCGAAAGGCGUAUACAAGUCAUGUCGCGUGAAAUUUCUGCACUAAACCGUUGGCAUCGCGUUUCAGUCGAGUUCGGGUAGGGUGUUAUUGGAAGCAAACUGCUGUAAACUCCAAAAAUAUCAUUAAAACUGUAAGCGCUCCCUAGGUUGGCCCAAGAAUGUGAGCCAGCCACAUAUGAGAGUCCCUCUAAUCAAGUCAAUACUCGGAGCCAUAUGCAGAUAAUUAAAAGUCCUUACAUUCUCCAGUGGAGAACAGAGGCUGUUGCGUUCCGGAUCCUCUCUCGCAGACUGUCACGUUUAUUCUCAACCCGAUGAAAGCACCUCUUUGAGCAGUUACGAAGAUCCGCCUUAUCUCCGAUGGGUCAGAAGGUAGCCCAGUCCAAUUGCUGCUUUGACCACAUUCGAAUUCGUCGAUAAAAAGAUGCAAUGGCACUCGUUUCUGAAAAUUCGGGAAAUCUCUGGACUUUCGUAGUGGAAGUCAAAGCAUUGGACAUUUAUUGUUUCAUAGAGGCGGCAAAUGUUGUCCAGCUACCAAAGUUGCUGGUGAGACAGAAGACGUUACUGAGGAGUUAUGUGAGCUCUGAAGCAUGAUUUUUGUUUUUAAGGAAAUUGCCUUUGCUAUUACCGAGUCGAAAAGCAAAUCUGUGCAGAACACCAACAAUUAGAUACUGGAAGCCAUUAGGCAAUUUUUCGUGCGCAUUUUCCCGACACAUGUGAAGGCGGUCAAAGGAAAUUCUAUCAUGUCAUUCGAUAGCAGGAAGGAGCAUGCUCAUUCUGUUCUGUCUCGCAGCUCCGAUCUAGAUCCCAGUCCUGUAGCCAACUGGAAGUGAGCUCAGACCGCAGGGUUUCCCUGUUCCGGUUUGGAUUGGUCAAUUCCCGCCUCCUUCGUCUCCGCUAGUAUUCCACCUGCAUUAAUGCACAUUCUCCUCGAUAUCUUCUACUCAGACAGAUUUCUAACAAUCACGGGCAAAUCAUUCAACGACUUGUUACCAAGAUGUACAUUUGCAGACGGCUGAUACGAGCAAAAUGUAUGAGCAUUUCUUUCGAUCUAGGGCUAACUCAAACCUAUCUAAAACGUACACACUCGCUCAAUGAUUCUAAAGGAGCCAAAGGCCCUGUAGGUUGUUUAGCAAUUUCACACGACACAGUCGUCGACAAGUGCAGGCAGGCGGGCUGGGACAUGAAAUCUGUUGCCAGUGGGGUUCUAAACCAUCUAUGAUCACGUCCUCUUGUCACUGCGGCGAUCUCAUGGACUGUACUCACCUCUUUUUUUUAUUGACCCGGACGUCCAAAAUUCGCACUCGAACCCAUCAUCAGAGACGACAUCGGAUAAGGGUAGUUGGUGUCCACGGAGUUCUAGGACGCGUUUGUCAUGCUAUCGCAUACUUAUGAAAAUUGGCUGCUCAUGACGAUGACUUCGAAACGUCGGAGGAAUAAACUUGUUCAUGUUCUAGCGAUCUCGUUUUAGCGUUCUGGACUGCUUCCUGAAACUCGCGUCAGGAAUUCCAGUUUAACAGCGGGAAACGCAAAAAUGGCGCUUUUCAGUCAACCUAAGCGUCUCUCUGAAAUCCUCCAAAAGGGUAUUUCUGAAAGCAGGGAAGGCUACGGAGUCCCGUUUCCUGUCCCGGUAUAGACGCUUAUCUACCACAGUGUUUGAUAAUGAAUUCGGGCAGUAAUCCGAAGUGUCAGGAGAAUAGAAGCAUUCUUGUCCCACCUAUGGCAUCUAUUUCUUCCAAAUUCUAGUAAGUCUGUUUGAAGGAACGGUUUCCAUACAUGUUUACUUAAAGCGGCCAGGCACUCCUAGGCAUGACAAGUUACGUCCUGGUAGGCAACCUGAUUUCUGCUGAUGUUUGCGCGUCGCACAGCGGCUACUGUUCCAUUGCACCCCUCCCCCCCAUCCCCCCCCCCCCAAUGCAGGUAGAUGCCCUUACAUUCGCCCGUCUAUGCCCACAUGGCAUCACCGUUCUCAGGGGGCUCGGCUGGUGAAGCCCGCCUGCGGGUCAACCGACAGUCAACCUGCAAUUAUUGGGCGGUGGGGGGGGGGAGGAGUGAAGGGUGUUUUCUUUCAGCGACUUCUGCUCUUGAUUAUGAUUCCUGCCGUCUCCACACAUACUCCGCGCUGAGGAGGAGGAGGAGGAGGAGGAGGAUGAUGAUGAUGAGACGAGAGGUGACAUUUGAAACCGCCAUGAGUCAGGUCUACCUGGCUUUGAUGGCUCAGCGCUGAGAGGGAGUGGGAGGAAGGGAGGGGGUGCAGGGCUAAUUAGAGCCCCAAUUUUCCUCCUUGACCCGGUGCCCUGCGGCUGUGGUUGUCAGCGACACGGGGCACCACCCAGUGUACAUUUGUGUGAGUGCGCAAGCCGCCUGCACAGCCGGAUCAGCGCAACAGGCCCAGACAUCCGGCGGGGGAGGGCGGGGAGGGGAGGGCGGGAGGGGAGGGGAGGGGUGGUAGGGUCUGCCGACAGCAUGCCACGCGUUCGCGAAGAGGCGACAGAAGUAUUAAGGAUCUAAGCGUAAUAAAGAAGAGGGAGGGGAAGAAGAAGAAGAAGAAGAAGAAGAAGAGGGAGAGGGAGAAAAGAAGACGACGACGAAGAAGAAGAAGAAAAGAAGAAGAAGAAGAAGAAGAAGAAGGCAAGGCCUUUAACGUAGAAAAGAAGACGAAGAAGAAGAAGAAGAAGAAGAAGAAGAAGAAGAAGAAGCAGAAGAAGAAGAAGAAGAAGAAGAAGAAGAAGAAGCAGAAGAAGAAGAAGAAGAAGAAGAAGAAGAAGAAGAAGAAGAAGAAGAAGAAGAAGAAGAAGAAGGCAAGGCCUUUGACGAUCGCCAUCACUAUGGACAAGUGUAAGUACCCUUCCUUAGGUAGUGAGUGAACACGCGAAUGAAUGAUAAGGAGAGGGUAGUAUAGCUAACUUUUAUGAAAAAUUGGUCAGGUACGAUUAUGCAGCGCCACCUGAAAUAAACAAACCCCAGCCGCCUGUAAUACGGGAUCGGCGGUAAUAGGAGUUUUUAGGGGUGGCGCCGGGGAACGCGCAGGCGACGAGGUCAAAUAGUUGUAUACAAAAGAAAAGUUAUUGGGAAUGCGCGUCUGUACUUUGAGUGGUCGAGAAAUAGUUGCCCUAACCCUAACCUCGAACCCCAAUCCCUAUCCAUAACCCCUAACCAAACCCCAACUGUAUUGUGUCCAUCAGGUGGGGCUACCUUACCGAAAAACUCACCUUCAUGCAAAAGGGAAUCUCACUACAAGUGUCUAGAACCAAGUCCGAAUUUGAUCUGGAAUUUGACGGCGAACUGUUAUCCAAUAUUAUUUGUCGCCACCAUUCAGUGAAUUGAGAGCACAGGCCUCAGGUCAGAAAAUAACAGUAGAGAGACUUCAGAUAGAGAGCUUUGUCAAGCGAAUAAUUUUAUCCAGUGCAGGACAUGGUGUCAAGUCUCCGCGGCAUGACUUUUUUUAGUUGCUAUCUAUGUUGCAUGUUUGCGACAAGUAAGUUGUCCAUUGCGGCGAAAUCAGUAAGCCAUUUAAGACUCAGGCAACGGCUUCCCAUUGUUAAAAGGGGUAUCGACAAUGACAAGUCGGGGGCCGAGUAGGCCAUUCCUGAUUUGUUUGUCGUCGUAAGCCCUCCCACCUAUACCCCGUCCCAGGUUUGCAAGACGCGAGAUUCGAACUCACGUCCUUUAGUCAAAACGUUCCUGUCCCGGUGUUCCAGUCACUCACAACUCCAAGAAGGACACUCUUUGGGGAACACUUAACUACAGUCUAAAGUUUGUAACAGAAAGCUUUUUUUUGUCUGUCAUUGACAUCCAGUGCACCAACUAUGAUGCUGAUAGCAACAUCAAAAAUAUGAACAAGUGCAGGCUUCAGUAGCACCCAGAACGAUGCUCGGCGAUAUCGUGUUGAUAAGAGAAGUCAGUAAUAGCGUUCUAAUAGGGUAGGCGAAAUUACAAGUCAGCGGGCAUCCUGAGAUAGCGAGAACCACGGUCUAGCAAAUGCACCUCGGAAAAAAAGAUAAUGUCGCAACAACAGUCAUCUAGUUUGUCCCUGUUUUAUCCGUGCAAUAACGGCACUCACAUCCUUGUUUGUGUGUUUGUCCCCAAAACGGGCCACGUGGUAGAUGCGCUGAAGCAAGACGGGGGCCACAUCGGAUUCUGGCAGGCGUCAUCUUGCGCAAUAUCAACUGCCAACAUUUAGGGGUGCGUUGGCAGACCCUGUCGCACAAACUGGGACCAUUGCCAUCCCCCUCCCCCCAUUGUUUUUUCGGCCAAAAUCCUGGUCAUUUGUUGUGUGGACCAGGGAGUGAGGGGUGGAGCGCCAAGGUGCGGAUCCGUCCAAGCCAUCCACCUGCGGCCUCCCUCAUCUCCGGUCUUCUUGACUCUGUCUUGACACCGGGCUCAGGUGGGGAGGAGGAGAGAGUGCGGUAGAUGCUGUACAAGUCUACUACAAAUAUAAACUAAUUCACGCAUAGCUGGAUGCGAUGGUCGAACUAUCGUGAUGCGCAGUUCUUUGCCCCAUCCCAAAGAGGUCAGUUUGCUUACUUACCAUCCGGCCCUCUGGCAAAAUGUGCCAGUCGGUCAGUUAACAUGACCGCCGUCGUGGUUGCCCGUGCAAAAAAAUUGCGUGAACCGAAGAUUCAGGAGUUCGGUGUAAGUCAAGUACUCUGAUCUUCAGGUUGGUCAACGGAUUUAAGUGCAAAUACUUAGUCGGUAGUUGCAAGAAGAACCGACCACUUGCUUACUGAGUCACAGUGUUGUCAUCAGACUUUGUCACGUCUUAGUGUAAGUGCCAUUCUUUAGUGAGUGCGUGAGGGCGUACGUGAGUGAAAUAAGGUACGGUUAUGUAGCCCCGCUUGUAAUACGGGAACGGUGGUAAUAGGGGUUUUUAGAGGUAGGGCCGGGGAACGCGCAGGUUGUCGCGGGCAGCCAUCAUGACCGGUCUGGCGUCAUUGUUCAAGACCUCGCUGCCUCACGGUCAUCGACCCUUUUGCAGUGAGCCUUUCCAGACGCGCUGACCUGAAAUCACACGACCGACUUCAGCUCGAGCAAGCUGCGUCCGCACAGCCGCAGCUGUCCAUGCGACCACUUGAACGUACCUCCCCCCUGCAACCGCAACCUAAGCCACUGGGACACCACCCCUCGGCAAAUGCAACGCACGCAGACUGGCCACCACUUGAGCUUGGCCCACAAGCCUACAAAAGCGGCUGCCACCACUAUCUCAGGGACUCUCAGGCAUGACUGGACGCAGUCAACACCAGCUCUGGCUUCUCCGGUGUUCAGUGCACAAUAAACCCCUAAUUCUGGUGCCUUUUGUCUUCUUCUUCCAACAUGGGAUUUGACUUGAUGAUUGUAGCUCACAGACUGCACACAUUCUCACUGCUGUGCGGCUACCAGGUCAAGUAGUUGUAUACAAAAGAAAAGCCUUUGAAUAUGCUCGGUUGUUCUUUCAGUGGUCGAGAAAUAGUUGACCUAAUACUAACCUCGACCACAACCCCUAACUCUAACCCCUAGCAUUAGCCCCUAACUCUAAACCCUAACCCCAAAUGCAUUGCGUCCAUCAGGUGGGGCUACAUAGCCACAUCUUACCGAAAAAUUCACCUUUAGGUAAAACGGAAUAACAGUAAAAGUGUCAAGAACGAAGCCAGAAGUUGACCUGGGAUUUGACGGCGAACUGUUAUUUCAUCUUAUUCGACUCUGUCUUGAUACCCAGCUCAGGUGGGGAAAGAGGAGGAGGAGGAGGAGGAGGAGGGGUCUUUCUGUACUGAAAAUGCCCUAGCAUCUAGUUAA